GCACGUGCAUGGCUGUUCUCUGAGCGAGUGCGAAGAGUGUGUGUGAGGAGAAGCACUAUUCAAUCAAAUCUGUGAAAUCCCAUCUGACAUACACUGCUUUAAUGGAGACCUUCUUCAGACAACAGAGACUCAAACAUACUCACAAAUCCAUCUUAAAGAACAAAUAUGAGAGCUUAUUUGAGGGAAUCAAACUACAGAAGAACAAAACCCUCCUGAACAGAAUUUACACCCAGCUGUACAUCAUAGAGGGAGAGAGUGGACGAGUGAAUGAAGAACAUGAGGUUUUACAGAUGGAGAAAACACACAGAACACAACACUUACAAGACACAAGAAUUCACUGCAAUGACAUCUUUAAACCUUUUCCUGAAUCAGAAUACAAAACAGAGAAGAGAAGAGGGAAGAAGACAAAAAUAAAGAGCGUUCUUACUCAAGGCAUCGCUGGAAUUGGAAAAACAGUCUCUGUGCAGAAAUUCAUUCUGGAUUGGGCUGAAGGAAAAACCAAUCAAGAUAUAGACUUCAUGUUUGUGCUUCCAUUUCGAGAGCUGAACUUGAUUCAAGACGAUCAGUACUGUCUUCACAAACUCCUGCUUGACUUUCAUCCUGAACUUCAAGAUCUGGACUCAAAGGUUUAUGAUGAGUGUAAAGUUGUGUUCAUCUUUGAUGGUCUGGAUGAAAGCAGAAUAACACUGAUGUUUUCAGACGGUGAGAUAGUUUCUGAUGUGAAUCAGGCUUCAUCAGUUGGUGUGUUGAUGUCAAACCUGAUCAAAGGAGAUCUGCUUCCCUCUGCUCACAUCUGGAUCACCUCCAGACCAGCAGCAGCCAAUCAGAUCCCUUCUGAAUACAUCAACCGUCUGACAGAAAUCCAUGGAUUCAAUGAUCCUCAGAAGGAGGAAUAUUUCAGGAAGAGAAUCAGUGAUGAACGUCAAGCCAGCAGAAUCAUCUCACACAUCAAAAAAACAAGAAGUCUCCACAUCAUGUGUCACAUACCAGUCUUCUGCUGGAUCUCAUCCACUGUGCUUCAAAACAUCCUAAAACAAGAUCACACAACAGAAAUCCCCAAAACUCUGACUGAAAUGUACAUCCACUUCCUGCUGAUUCAGAUGAAUAUGAAGAAUGAGAAGUAUGAUGAGAGAGAUCCACAGGAACUCUUGCAGUCUAACAGAGAAAUGAUUGUUAAACUGUCUGAACUUGCUUUCAAACAGCUGAUGAAGAGUAAUGUGAUGUUUUAUGAGGAGGACCUGAGAGAUUGUGGGAUAGACAUCACUGACGCCUCAGUGUAUUCUGGGAUCUGUACUGAGAUCUUUAAAGAGGAAUCUGUGAUUCAUCAGAGGAAAAUUUACUGCUUCAUACAUCUCAGCUUUCAGGAGUUUCUGGCUGCUUUCUAUGUGUUUUAUUCCCAUUUAGCUAAGAACACAGAAUCACUGCAGUUGUUUCUUGGAUAUAAAUAUGUGAAAUAUAAGUCUGAGGACAGCUCUCUGUUUCAGUUACUAACAUCAGCGGUUUAUAAAAGCCUUGGAAGUAGAAUCGGACAUCUGGAUCUUUUCCUGCGAUUCCUGCUGGGCAUCUCACUGGAAUCCAAUCAGAGACUCUUACAGGAUUUACUGCCACACACAGAGGAGAGUUCGGAGAGCAUAAAGAAAACCACAAAUUACAUUAAAGACAAAAUCAAUGAUGAUUAUUGUCUGUUACCCAAAAGAUCCAUCAGUCUGCUCCUCUGUCUGCUUGAAAUGAAGGUUCAGUCUCUGCAAAGAGAUAUUCAAGAGUUUUUGCCAUCACAGACACUCUCUGCUGCUCACUGUUCAGCAAUAGCCUACAUGAUUCAAAUGUCUGAGGAAGUGCUAGAUGAGCUGGACCUAAAAAAAUACAACACAACACAGGAGGGUAGAAGAAGACUUGUACCAGCUGUGAUUAACUGCAGAAAAGCAUUACUUGCAGGUUGUUGUCUCACUGAUGAAUGCUGUCAAAGUUUGGCUUCAGCUCUAGAGUCAUUCAACUCACCCCUGAGAAAGCUGGACCUGAGUUAUAAUAACCUAAAGGAUUUCAGAGUCAACAGUGCACACUAUCAGCUGGGAAAUCUAAGACUGAAGUUGCUAUUUGAUGGACUGAAAAAUCCAAACUGUAAACUGGAGAUUCUGAGAUUGUCCAGCUGUAAUCUCACUGAUCAUUCCUGUGAAGGCUUGGCUUCAGCUCUAAAAUCCUCAAACUCUUCCCUGAAAGAACUGGACUUGAGUAAUAAUGACUUGCAGGAUUCAGGAGUGAAGCUCAUCUCUGAAGGACUAAAGAGCCCAAACUGUCAGCUGGGGAUACUGAGAUUAUCUGGCUGUAUGGUGACAGAGGAAGGUUGUAUUGCUCUUGCUUUAGCUUUGAGAUCAAACCCAUCACAACUGAGUGAGUUGGAUCUGAGCUACAAUCACCCAGGAGAUUCAGGAAUAAAGCUGCUCUCUGAUCUGUUGGAGGAUCCACACUGUAAACUGGAGAUACUCAAUGUGACUCAUGCUGGAGAGAUCAUGAUCACAGCAGGACUACGCAAGUACACUUGUGAUCUCACACUGGAUCCAAACACAGUAAACCCUCAUCUCCGUCUGUCUGAGGAGAACAGGAAGGUGACACGUUUGGAAAAGGAGCGAGAGUCAUAUCCCGAUCAUCCAGAGAGAUUUGAUUAUUGGCCUCAGGUUAUGUGUAAAGAGAUUCUGACUGAACGCUGUUAUUGGGAGGUUGAAUGGAACGGCUGGAGAGGUGCUGUUAUAUCAGUGAUGGAUAAAGAAAUCAGCCGGAGAGGAGCAGAUGAUGGAUGUAGAUUUGGGUUCAAUAAAAAGUCCUGGAGUCUUGACUGCUCCGAUUACAGAUUCACUGUUUGGCACAAUAAAAACCGCAUUGAUGUCGACUCUCCUUUAAUCGCUUCUAAAAGAGUGGGAGUGUAUCUGGACUGUCCAGCUGGCACUUUGUCUUUCUACAGCGUCUCGAAGAAGCUCACACACUUACACACAUUUAACUUCACAUUCACAAAACCACUGGGUGCUGGAUUCAGGAUUUAUACUGACUCCUCUGUGUCUCUGUGCUGUACUAAACAGCCUUCAAACAAAACACACAAGGGUCCAGAGUUUUGCAAUUUGGUUAAAAGAGCAAGAUGAUGAUUCUGCAUUGAAUUGUAGGUUACCAAUAAAACCUUAUCCAAUCUGUAACAGCCGAUGGAUCAAUGAUUCAAUGCUUCUACAUGAUUUCAGGAAAACAUGUAUGAAAUAUUUAAAAGACAAAACAACUCAAAAUGCAUAAGAACACAAACAUAUGCCUAAAACAAUGAAUUCAUUCACAAUGUCCUUGGUCUUUUAAAGUCCACACUGUAUAGUACCGAAGAGGAGAGGGGGUUUGCGUCCCAUCCAUCCUAGAUCCUGGAAGUAUAUUCAUUGCAUGCGUUCAGGAUGUUAACUCAUUAGAGAUGUUUGGGAUACAUCCGGCGAAGCCCAUGUCAACCUGUUUACUUGACCGGACAACACCCAUUGCCUGCUAUGGUUUGUCUUGGCUAAGGGUCCCCUCAUCAUGGAUGCUUUAAUGCAUACCUGGCCACAUAACCUGAGGAAGGAUGCCUUCCCCCCAGUGAGCCACUUUGGCCCAAUGAAACCUGGUUUUCUGAGCUCUCGCUUCUAGGGACUACCUCUCCCUGGCUGAUUCCCCUGAGGCAGGAAUUUCUGUCUCAGGGGCAGGGCACAAUCUGGCACCUGAGGCCAGACCUCUGGAAUCUCCAUAUCUGCCUCCUGAAUGGAAAUAGCAUCACCUAAGACCAUCGCCCAGGCUAGAGUCCCAUCCAACAGGCGGCUCUAUUCCCUUAAAUGGCAUCUUUUCUCAUCCUGGUGUUCUUCCCGCUGUCCUUUCUUCAAGAGGGAUUGGAGAAACAUCUCUUGUUGUUUUUGUUUAUUUUACUGUAUGCGCUUUGGGUUUCAGAAAAGUGUUUUCAAAUAAAAUGCAUUAUUAUUAUUAUUAUUCAUCGACCCUCAAGGUGGCUGUUAUUGCAGCCCAUCACCUUCAUGUUGAGAGUUGAUCACUGGGACAGCAUGAUCUGAUUAUUAUGUUCCAAAGAGGCGUGAGGAGUUAAAUCUGGGCCUCAUCCCCUCUUGGGACCUCUUGGUGGUCCUCUCGUGCCUAAAAAUUGCCUCUUUUGAGCUGAUCUUCCUCACCUCAAGAUGAAGACUGCUUUCCUGGUGGCACUCAUCUCUAUCAAGAGUAUGGGGGACCUGCAGGCACUCUCUGUCUCCCACAAGAGCCUGGACUUUGUGCUGGGUGACUCUCACGUUGUCCUGAGACCUUGGCCUGUCUAAUUGGCCAUGGCUCCCACCAAUCCCUAAGGAUCAGGUGGUGAACUUCAAGGGCUUCUCUCCGGGGAAAAGGACCAAACUCUGUUUUUUUUCUCCCAGGCGAUCAUUGCCACAUUUUGCCCGGCUCCAGUUUAGCCUUAUGUUAGUUUUCUUGCCUUGUCAAGUGUUUGUUUUUUACUGUGGUUUCGCUCUCGGGACUUUGUUGAGUCGCGUGUGAAGCACCCAGUAAAGUUCCUCUCUAUUCAUAUCUGUGGAUUACUCAAGUUCCACUCUCCAGUUAUUGUGGAUUACUUCCUUCUGUGAACUUUGCCUUCCCUCAUAGAGCAGUCUCCUGUGAUUGCCAGUGGGUUCAUCAGACAGUGGUUUUCCGGUGGAUUUUUUUGUGGAUUACUUAUUGUGGAUUCUCUAAAUGUUUUAAUCUUGUGUUUAAAUGUAGUGUGUUAUGGAAAUGUGUUUUUGGCAAUGUUUUUGGAAACCAGUGUUUAAUAAA